AUGUUAAUCCCGUCCACCACCUCGAUGGCUUCCAAGCCCCGCGUCAUCCUCGGUACCAUGACUUUUGGUCCUCCUGGCACUGAAUCAAAGGGCGCUCGAAUUACCAGCCUCGACGAGUACAACGACUGCCUGUCCACACUAUCUUCCAACGGCUACCUGGAACUCGACACUGCGAGAGUCUACAUCGACGGCCAGCAAGAAGCGUUCACUCGAUCCGCAGAGUAUGCCAAGAAAGGCUUCAGUAUAGCGACUAAAUGCUACCCCCACACUCCUGGCUUGCAUUCAUCCGAACGUCUCAAGGCUACACUAAAUAAGUCUCUUGAGCAGCUGGACACUAAAUGCGUUGAUAUCUUCUACCUGCAUGCACCUGAUCGAUCUGUGCCGUUUGAGGAAACACUACAGGCGUGCGAUGAGUUGUUCAAGGAAGCCUGGGAGGUCGCAGAGAUCUGCCAAAUGUGCAAGGAGAGGAAAUGGGUACAGCCUAGAAUCUACCAAGCGAUGUACAAUUGUAUCACAAGAGCUAUGGAGACCGAGCUCGUCCCAUGCUGCAGAAAAUUUGGCCUAGACAUCGUGAUCUACAACCCACUCGCAGGCGGCCUGUUCAGCGGUAAAUACUCAAGCCUCAACACACCAUCUGAAGGUCGUUUCAGCGCCACAAACUCGAAUCAGGGCAAGUUGUACCGCGACCGAUACUUCCGACCAGCUUUCAUUAAAGCUCUUGAAAUGGUGGAGCCUGUCGCGAAGAAGCACAACACAACAUUGAUUGAAGUCGCUCUAAGGUGGGUCGUGCACCAUAGUAAACUCAACAUGGACAGAUCUUCUGGAAGCAACGACGGCAUCAUUAUUGGCGUGAGUAGUAAGAAGCAGCUGGAAAGCAAUAUUGAGGCCUUGGAGAAAGGUCCUUUGCCCGAUGAAUUAGUCAAGGUGCUAGACGAUGCUUGGGAGGUUGUGGGAGGCAGCUGUCCGUCGUACUGGAGAUAA